AUGGUGGUCGCCAUGAGCGAGUCUGUUAAGCUGGUGGCGUUUUUCAAGGUCGUCCCGAUGCAAGCCUUCCAGGCAGGUGCCUCUGAGACCGAGCUCAUGGGUCACCAUUUCGGGUCACCGAGAGUCUGCCAAGACGACACAAUCUUUAUUAUAUCUGACAAUUCACCGGCGCGCGAGGUGGUCGUAUUCUGCUUUCGCAGGUUAGGGUCCAACGAUCCUACAGGCGAUAGCAUGGUCUGGGCUCCCAUGUUGAGGUUCACUGCAUAA